GUGUAGUUAUCAAAUAUCGAGUGCAAUCUUUAGCUUUACUUAGAUCAGAUCGAUUGUAUCGCUCUAUUCAUAGGUUUUUCCACGCCACGCGUGGUUACGAUACAUGAUUUGGAUAUUGUAUUCAUGCACGGUAUUGUUUAUUUCGUGUUCUUGUUGUUGUCUUUUGUUAUUCCCGAGGUGACAAGGUAAAAAUGCUCGCAUCAUCACAGUUUGCGUUUACCUAUCUUUAAUACUCUUCCUUUUCCGACUGAUAAGAUUACACCGAAACCCAUGGAUGGCUCAACCUGAUGUAUUGUUCCUCUUCGGACAAGUGAAAUCAUAACGCGAGUGAACUUUGAACCUGGCACAGAAAAUUAAUUUCACCAACUAAUAUACGUGAGUUGCGAGCCGAUCGACUGGGCUGUUGUUGUGCCUUCUAGUUUGCUUGCGGAGAACUUAAAGAUUUACAAACCAAUCAUGCUACGUAUUCCGAAAACCCAAUGGGUAGCAUCGUUGGCGAGUGCUACACGAUGCCAAUCUACCUCGGCUCGGCGAACAACAGGAGAUGAGUACCAGUAUCUACAACGUUCUAAGAUACCGAUGCUGCACUUUCAACCAUCACUGCCAAGACUGCCUAUUCCGGAGCUGGAGAAAACCUGUGCCCGUUAUUUGGCCGCACAACAACCGUUGCUUACUCCGGAUGCUUUCGAACGCACGAAGGAAGCGGUGAAACAAUUCUCGCAAGAAGAUGGACCGAAGCUGCAAACAUUGCUCAAAGAGUUCGAUGCAAAGAACAAACACACGAGCUAUAUCUCGGAACCUUGGUUCGAUAUGUACCUUCGGGACCGAGCCCCACUGCCGCUUAACUACAAUCCGCUGCUGAUGAUGAAUCCGGAUCCACGACCAGCGUUCAACGAUCCGGUGUUGCGUACGACCAAUCUGGUAAUCAGCUCGUUGCGCUUCAUGAAAUCGCUGCGAUCUAAAACGCUUGAGCCGGAAGUUUUUCAUCUGAAUCCAGCGAAAAGUGAUACGCACAUGUUCCGCACGGUCACUUCGUUGAUGCCGUCGAUCAUAUCCACCUACGUGGCGUACACUUUCAAGGCAUACCCCCUCGAUAUGAGUCAGUAUCAGGGUCUGUUUGGUGGUACACGUAUUCCGGAGCUAGGCAAAGAUCGAAUUUAUCGUAACGAUUCCUCCCGUCACGUGCUCGUCUUGCGUAAAGGAAACAUGUAUGCAGUAGAUGUGCUAGAUGCGCAAGGGAACAUCGAACAACCUGCUACGUUACUUGCACGAUUUGAGCGGAUUUUCAACGACACGAAACUUCCGGCAGCCGAUCCGCUAGGACUGUUGACGACGGAAAAUCGUGACACUUGGGCAACGGCUAGAGCACAUCUUGCCCAGCUGGGCAACAAUACUAAAUCUCUGGAACUAGUCGAUUCAGCCCUGUUUUGUCUCUGUCUGGACGAUUCAACCCUCAAUCCUGACAAUCCGAUUCCUGCCAUACGUGAGUUUCUGUUCGGCGAUGGCACGAACCGAUGGUUCGACAAAUCGUUUUCAUUGAUCGUUGCCAAGGAUGGUACGGCGGGCAUAAACUUCGAACAUUCCUGGGGCGAUGGUGUUGCCGUACUGCGUUAUUUUCAGGAGAUUUUCAAAGAAACUACCAAGGCGCCCUUUGCCGACGUCGGCCUGCAGGGUUUCGACAAUCAAUCGAACGAAGCGAUUGUUCCGAUCGAAUUUACACUCGAUGAUCGCGUUAAGACUGCCGUCCGGACGGCUGAAAACAACCACAAUGCAAUCAUCGAUUCGCUCGACAUGAGCUACAUGAAGUACGAAGGAAUAAACAAGAGUGUCUGCAAAAAGCAGCGCAUCAGUCCUGAUUCGGUAAUGCAACUAGGUUUCCAGCUGGCGUAUUACAAGCAACAUGGCAACUUUGUGGCCACCUACGAAUCGUGCAGUACGGCUGCAUUCCGCCAUGGACGCACCGAAACGAUGCGACCGUGUACGCUCGCUACGAAGGCAUUUUGUGAGGAAAUGGAAAGGCGCGAAGGACCGAAGAAGAAAGGUGCCGCCGAAUUGCGCGAUAUGAUGAAUGAGUGUUCUACCGUACACGGACAACUAACGAGGGAUGCCGCAAUGGGCCAGGGUUUCGAUAGACAUUUGUUCGGUUUGCGGCAUACGGCACAAAAGAAUGGGCUCCCGUUGCCGGCACUCUACCAAGAUCCCGCCUAUGCGGCCAUCAAUCAUAACAUUCUGUCGACUAGUACACUUUCAUCGCCGGCUCUCCUGGCCGGUGGAUUCGGACCAGUUGUAAAGGAUGGAUAUGGCAUCGGAUAUAAUAUACAGGACGGUUAUUUGGGAAGUGUCGUUACGAGCUACAAAUCGCACCGAAAUGGGCGUGAAUUUGUCGAUUGUCUACGGGCGGCUUACGAAGACAUCAACAAAGUGCUGACCGCUACAGGACCGCCUGCCAAAGAGAAAUGAUUGCAAGUUACAACUAAACUGCACAUGGAAGCACUGAUUUGCGUGUAAGCUAGCUAAAAGUUGAAUACGAUUGGUAUCGUUUGUUAAAAUAUGGUUAUUUGGGAUAAUUUUAAUGUUUUCUAAAUAAACAAAUGACAACUCAAAA